AUGGAAGUGCCAACCAGCACAAAUCACGGCGAGAAACCAACCUUCACAGUCCUCGUCACCGGCGCAAAUAGCGGUCUCGGCUUCGCCCUUUGCUGUCGCCUCAUCGACGAAUUCCUCUUCACAAGACCCCCCUCCCAGUCCCUCCACCUCCUCUUCUCAACCCGAGACUCCAAAAAAAGUUCUUCAACCCUCUCCCGCCUGACCGCACACCUCCAAAAAACUCUACAACAACAGGAAGCCCACGCCCAAAGAAUCCCAGGAAUCCCUCCUCAUCUCCUAGAAUCUAGAAUCAAACUCGAAGGCGUCCUCGUAGAUCUCCUCAACCUUUCCACCGUGAAAUCUCUCGCCGAAAACUUACUUCACAAAAACGAAACUCUCGAUGCCGUGGUGUGGAACGCUGGAAUUGCAGGUUGGAAAGGUUUGAAUUGGGGGAAAGCGGUAUGGAAUGUUUGUACGGAUUUGGUCCAUGCGACGACGUGGCCGAAGUAUAUGGUUUGUGAUGUGGGGUUGAGAGCGAACGCACAGGUUCUUCCUUCAUCGGAGCAGCAGGAACAAGAGACUGGUGAAGGAGAGGAGGAAGAAUCUGUGCUGGGUCAAGUCUUCCUCGCUAAUGUUUUCGGCCAUUACAUGCUCACGCACUGGCUGCGUCCACUUUUCCACAUCGACACGCGGAUCGUUUGGAUGGGUAGCAUCAGUGCUUCCGCACACACCUUUUCUCUCUCCGACUUACAAGGUCUGCGAGCGGAAAUGUCCUACGAGUCUUCGAAACGCGUCACGGAUUUUCUGGUGUUGACGUCGGAAUUGGAUUCGACCAAACCAUACACCAGCACCUUUUUGCCUUCGUCGACUACGAACCCCGGCCCGGGCCCGAAAAUGUUCGUGGUCCAUCCGGGAGUUUGUGGGACGGCGAUUGCCGGGUUGAAUUGGUUUGUGGGAUUGUUUAUGCUUGCGGCGUUUUAUCUUGCUCGGUGGCUCGGGUCGCCGUGGCAUCCGGUGGAACCGUAUAAAGGAGCGGUGAGCGCUGCGUUUACGGUGCUUUCGACGCAGAUUCCGGAGAUGGAGGAGGGGGAGGGGAAGGGGAAAUGGGGGGCUUCGACGGGGGUGUUUGGGGAUGAACGGGUGGCGAGGACGGAGGUGGAUGGGUGGGGGUUUUGUGGGGAGGUGGGAAAAGUUCCCAAAGGGAGCGUGACGAGUGGGUUGUAUCGAGGGAGGAAGGAGCUUACGAAAGAGGACCGCGAGGAGUUUGAGGAGGUUGGGAGACAGGUGUGGAGGCAGAUGGAGGAUUUGAGGAUUGAAUGGGAGCGGAGGCUGGGGCCAGUAUUAUCACAGGACAGCUCGGUGGUAGAUGUUUGA